UAUUGAUAUAGGUAUUAUAAUCUAUUCUAUUUCUAUUGAGUAGUUGACAUUUAUGAAGUAAAGCAUAUUUCAGUGUAAAUUUUUAUUUCUUAUUGUUUCUACAUGUGUCGUCUGUGUGAAAAUAAGAUGUCUUUUGCGAUUUAAUUUGUGAGUGAAUAUGGUAUACGUAUAAGUGAAUUGUAUAACUCUCAAAUACUACCCGGUCUUAUUAAUUUGAGGAUAUUUAAGAAAUUUGGUGUGAAAAUUGUGUCGUUUUUCGAGUUAGGUACAUAUAAUUUAAAUUGGAAAUGGCUUCAGACGGUUUGACAUCUUCGACAGCCGAAAUUCGGGAGAACUUGUUUCAGGUGACAACAGCGGUCAAGUUCCUCUCAAACCCCAACGUUCAGAGAUGCACGAUGGAGAGUAAGGAGAGGUUCCUAAAAAGCAAAGGUCUCACCGAUGCUGAAAUACAUAGAGCUAUUGAGAAAUGCGGUGAUAUUCUGGAUGUACCUUCAUUGACGUCGGAGCUAAUGUUUUUCCAAAGUUCUAGAAGAUCGUGGUUCAGGGAGAGGAUUUUACCUCUGAUCGUGUAUGGUGGUUUCGCGUACGGCUGCUACUGGUUUUAUAAGAACUGCAUUAGGCACCUUCUAUUCGUCGAGCAACCGAAACGGAAAUCAACGGCGGAAUGUAUCGAUGAACUGCGUAAAUCUCUCGACGUGAUGAACGCGAGUAUAUCGUCUUUACGGGGUGAGAUACAGUCUUCCGUGAAGCAGAACACCACGAGAUCUCAGCUGGAUAACUUGAAGGCUGAUAUUGCGUCGGUUAAGGGGAUUUUGCUCAAUAGAAACCAAUUCCCCACCCUAAAAACACGCACAGAACCACCAUCCAUUCCAGCAUGGCAGCGUCAAUCAGAAGAGGCAACCUCAGCUGAAGUUACAGAAGAUAAAAAGAAGACACACAGAAGUCGUAGCCAACGAUCGGAGUCGGGGGGUUCGAACUCGAGUGAAGGAGAACAGGCUACUAAGAACAGUGACAGCAGUCUAGAGAUCAUAACGUGAAAAAUGGCGGAAGAUUUCCGAAAAACGGUGUUUAGUUGGACAUCUUUUUGUUUGUUUUGUUAUUGAUAUUAAAAUCGUGUAUUACGAAUGACUUGUAA